UGGAUCCCUCUGUGACCCAACAUGCUACAAGGGACGAUGACAACCCAUAGCAGAAAGAGGCCGGCCGUGUCACUGUCCUGGCUCCUGUUGGCCACAGCAGGAUGCCUUGCAGAUUUGGAUGAGGUCCCUCGGGUCACUGUCCAACCUGCGUCCACUGUCCAGAAGCUUGGAGGAACUGUGAUUCUAGGCUGUGUGGUGGAACCAGCGUGGGUGAAUGUAACGUGGCGCUUGAACGGGAAGGAGCUGAAUGGCUCGGAUGAUACGCUGGGUGUCCUGCUCAGCCGGGGAACCCUUGUCAUCGCUGCCCUCAACAAUCACACGGUGGGACGGUACCAGUGUGUGGCCCGGAUGCCUGCAGGGGCUGUAGCCAGUGUGCCAGCCACAGUGACACUAGCCAAUCUCCAGGACUUCAAGUUAGAUGUGCAGCAUGUCAUUGAAGUGGACGAAGGAAAUACAGCUGUCAUUGCUUGCCACCUGCCUGAGAGCCACCCAAAAGCCCAGGUCCGAUACAGCGUCAAACAAGAGUGGCUGGAAGCCUCCAGAGACAACUACCUGAUCAUGCCAUCAGGGAACCUCCAGAUUGUCAACGCCAGCCAGGAGGACGAAGGCAUGUACAAGUGUGCGGCCUACAACCCAGUGACCCAGGAAGUGAAGACCUCUGGUUCUAGUGACAGACUGCGUGUGCGCCGCUCCACUGCAGAGGCUGCCCGCAUCAUUUACCCUCUGGAGGCCCAGACUGUUAUUGUCACCAAAGGCCAGAGUCUCAUCCUGGAGUGUGUGGCCAGUGGGAUCCCACCCCCUCGAGUCACCUGGGCCAAGGACGGGUCCAACAUUGCUGGCUACAACAAGACUCGCUUCCUGUUGAGCAACCUGCUCAUCGACCCCACCAGUGAGGAAGACUCCGGCACCUACCGCUGCAUGGCCAACAAUGGGGUUGGGGAGCCCGGCGCGGCCGUCAUCCUCUACAAUGUCCAGGUGUUCGAACCUCCAGAAGUCACUGUGGAGCUGUCGCAGCUGGUUAUCCCGUGGGGGCAGAGUGCCAAGCUCACCUGUGAGGUGCGUGGGAACCCCCCUCCGUCCGUGCUGUGGCUGAGGAAUGCUGUGCCACUCAUGGCCAGCCAGCGCCUCCAGCUGUCCCGCAGAGCCCUGCGCGUGGUGAGCGUGGGGCCCGAGGAUGAAGGCGUCUACCAGUGCAUGGCUGAGAACGAAGUCGGGAGUGCGCAUGCCGUGGUCCAGCUGAGGACCGCCCGGCCAGGCACGACACUGAGACCCUGGAGGGAUGCUAAGCUAGCCACUUCCACACCUCCUGCACCACCGUCCAGAUCCGGCGGCCCUGACCAGACGCUGAGGGAGCGCCCAGGGCUCACCAGGCCACUGACCUCGGUGCAGCCUGCUUCUCUGCAGUGUCCGGGCGAGAAGGGGCACGUGACCCCAGCUGAGGCUCCCAUCAUCCUCAGCUCUCCUCGGACCUCUAAGACCGACUCCUAUGAGCUGGUGUGGCGGCCCCGGCAUGAGGGUGGCAGCCGGGCACCCAUUCUCUACUACGUGGUGAAACACCGCAAGCAGGUCACAAACGCUUCUGAUGAUUGGACCAUUUCUGGCAUUCCAGCCAAUCAGCAUCGCCUGACCCUCACCAGGCUUGACCCUGGUAGCUUAUAUGAAGUGGAGAUGGCAGCUUACAAUUGUGCCGGCGAGGGUCAGACCGCCAUGGUCACCUUCCGUACUGGACGGCGACCCAAGCCCGAGAUCAUAGCCAGCAAGGAGCAGCAAGUCCAGAGAGAUGACCCUGGAGCUGGUCCCCAGAGCAGCAGCCAGCCGGAUCAUGGCCGCCUCUCCCCCCCAGAAGCUCCCGACAGGCCUACCAUCUCCAUGGCCUCAGAGACCUCGGUGUAUGUUACCUGGAUCCCCCGUGGGAACGGUGGCUUCCCAAUCCAGUCCUUCCGGGUGGAGUACAAGAAGCUGAAGAAAGUAGGCGACUGGAUUCUGGCCACCAGUGCCAUUCCUCCCUCGCGGCUCUCUGUGGAGAUCGCUGGUCUCGAGAAAGGCACCUCUUACAAAUUCCGAGUGCGAGCUCUGAAUAUGCUGGGGGAGAGCGAACCCAGCGCCCCGUCGAGGCCCUACGUGGUGUCUGGCUACAGCGGCCGAGUGUACGAGAGACCUGUGGCGGGCCCUUACAUCACCUUCACCGACGCGGUCAACGAGACCACCAUCAUGCUCAAGUGGAUGUACAUCCCAGCAAGUAACAACAACACCCCAAUCCACGGCUUUUACAUCUACUACCGCCCCACAGACAGCGACAAUGACAGUGACUACAAGAAGGACAUGGUGGAAGGGGACAGGUACUGGCACUCCAUCUGCCACCUGCAGCCAGAGACCUCCUAUGAUAUCAAGAUGCAGUGUUUCAAUGAAGGAGGGGAGAGCGAGUUCAGCAAUGUGAUGAUCUGCGAGACCAAAGCUCGCAAGUCUUCUGGUCAGCCUGGCCGACUCCCACCGCCCACUCUGGCCCCACCACAACCUCCACCCCCAGAAACCAUAGAGCGGCCAAUGGGCACAGGGGCCAUGGUAGCACGGGCCAGCGACUUGCCCUAUCUGAUUGUUGGAGUCGUCCUGGGCUCAAUCGUCCUCAUCAUCGUCACCUUCAUCCCUUUCUGCCUGUGGAGAGCAUGGGCUAAGCAAAAACAUACAACCGAUCUGGGUUUUCCUCGAAGUGCCCUUCUGUCCUCUUCCUGCCAGUACACAAUGGUGCCAUUGGGAGGACUUCCGGGCCACCGAGCCAACGGACAGUCUUACUUCAGUGGCAUCAACGGACGGGCCUGUGCCGACGGGAUGCAUGUGAGCAGGGGCUGCCCGGUGGCUGCGGUUGGCUGCCCAGGCGUGAAACCUCAACAGCACUGCCCAGGGGAGCUGCCGCAGCAGCAGGACGACGCUGGCUUGCUGAGGCAGACCAUCCUUGGCAACGGGUAUGAAUCCCAGAGCCACCGGGUUACCAGGGGUCCGAGUUCUAGCCCAGAUGAGGGGUCUUUCUUGUAUACACUGCCUGAUGACUCCACACACCAGCUGCUCCAAUCCCAAGACUGCUGCCACCUCCUGGAGCCAUCUACCACCGUUCACCAGGCAGGAGUGAGGAAGGGGCCAGAGAGCCCUGGGCUGGAAGCUGCGUGGGACCCGCCAUUUCACUCAGGGCCUCCAUGCUGCCUGGGCCUUGUACCAGUUGAAGAGGUGGACAUUCCUGACUCCUGCCAAGUGGGUGGAGGAGACUGGCGGCCCUCGGGGCCUACAUAAAGAGGAAGCUGGGAUACAUCUCCUCUGUCCCCAGAUCACCGGUGCACGUGGCUUUUGAACCACCUCCUCCCACAAUUAGGCAGAAGCCAAUAUCCCAGAA